CCCGGCGGCGGGUCGGUGCGGGGCCUCCUCCGCGAUCGCGCUCGGGCGCUGAAUAUUCCUGAAGAAAGCUUGUAUGUGAAAUGUAACGGGCGACUGGUUAAUGAUGAAGAUAUACUGCAGAAUGGAGCCGUUUAUAGUCUGGAACCAAGACUUUGUGGUGGAAAAGGAGGGUUUGGAUCUAUGCUGCGAGCACUUGGUGCUCAGAUUGAAAAGACAACAAAUAGAGAGGCUUGCCGAGAUCUCAGUGGAAGGAGACUUCGAGAUGUCAAUCACGAAAAAGCGAUGGCUGAAUGGGUGAAGCAGCAAGCAGAACGGGAAGCAGAAAAAGAGCAAAGGCGCUUGGAAAGGCUGCAGCGGAAACUUGCAGAGCCAAAGCACUUUUUCACAAAUCCUGACUACCAGCAGCAGUGUCAUGAAAUGGCUGAGCGACUGGAAGACUCAGUCCUUAAAGGAUUGCAGGCGACUUCAAGCAAAAUAGUGUCACCAGAAAGUGGCGACAGUCGGAAGCGUUCAGGUGAAUCUGGAAAGAAUGGAACAAAAUCUCGAAAAAGAAGAUGUUUUUGGCUGGGAUUGGAAGGAUUGGAUGAUCAUGACAGUUCGGAUUGUGAGGAUGACAGUGAAGAUGACUCCCCUCAUGCAUCUGACGGAAGUUGUCCAUCAGGCAGCAGAUAUAAUGAAAAUGCUGGAAACUCGAAUGAAUGUUCAAGCAGCUCUCUGGAUUCGGUAGAGGAUAGUCCAGCUACCAGUGCAACUGAGAAACCCCUGGAGCAGCCAGAAGGUACUGGAAGAGAUCUGCAAGGAGAGACACACACAGGUGGGCAAACUGAAAUUCCAGCUGAAGAAAACAGUAAAAUGACAAAGACCUUGAAGGAAGAGGCCCAAGAAGAGAAUGAAGUAACCCAAGCUUUGAAAGAAGAGGAGCAAGAAAAUGUUUCUUCCAAGGCACAGGAAACGAACCACUUACAGAGCACAGAGGUGAAACCAAUAGACCUACUGGCAUUCAACUCUGCUGCUGAACUGGAAGCCCUGGGUUUAGAUAAACUGAAGAUGGAACUGAUGUCUUUAGGACUGAAAUGUGGAGGCACUUUAAAGGAAAGGGCAGCAAGGCUUUUUUCAGUGAGAGAUGGAAAGAAAUAACCUGAAUAUUUUCUGGAAAAUGUGUAUGACACUGUCAUCACCUAUUUUAAGAAAAAUAGCAAUCCUUUCUUAGCUUUAUAUUGAAUCUCCUUUAACAUGUAUUCCAGUUAUCACAGUUACAACUGUCAA